AAAACAUCCUCCACCUUUAUGAAUUUAGAUCUAUAGCAGAGAGCUGAAACAGUAAAUUUGACUAAAGUGAGUGAGUAGAGCAAUGAGGAUUAAUCCACCAAUGUUAUUGCAAAUUAACAGAUCUUAUCUUAAAUUAGUCAAAGGUGACAAUUUUCCGAGGUACUGUUUUCAAAGGUGGUUUGGUGCAGAUUAUUCUCACACUGAAACUCCAACUACCAAAUGCUUCAUCAGCUGUUCCCAUUUCAUCUUCAUCCAUGGAAUCCAAUUACUCCCAGUAAAUUCAAAUUUCAAUGAAUUUUGGCAGAAGAUGGCUGCUGAUUCAACAUGGGUUUCAAAGAUUAUAUUGUAUUCUUUCUGGCAAAGUUCAUGUUCUUGGAGAGUUCGCUUUGCCUUGAACCUCAAAGGGAUUUCUUAUGAAUAUAGAGCAGUCAACAUUGACAAAGGAGAACAGUUCACUUCAAGUAUUAUGUUUGAUUUUUUGCUAGUCAUUUAAUUGAAUUGCUUGGUCAGAAGUACCAAAGGCUUAUCUUGAAAUGCAAUAUUGUGUUGAUAAAAGAAGAUGCAGAUAAUGAAUUCCAAGAAAGCUCAUUCCUUGUGGUGCGUCCGGAAUGUCUCAGAAGAUGCUUAAAUCGCGCCUGAAUAUUGGCAUUAUCUUUCUCCUGUGAUAAUUAGAUAUUAUCUGCUUAACUAGACAUAGAGAUAGUAGGAGCUGGCACAUUUUGUUACAAUAAGCACAUCAGAUGUGAUUGAUGGUUCAAUGUCAUGGUUCUUCCUAGUCUAUGUAAGCCCUUUUAGGUGGAGCUUUUGCUUAUAGUUCAUGAUUACUUAUAAACAAAAAGCUUAUAGCUCUUGAUUAUAAUAGCGAUGAACAUAAGUAGCGGCCAUCUCAAAAAAGAAUAUGAAUAAGCUGUUUAACUUAGUUUCUUAACGAUUAAAAAAAAGCCAUUUGACUUUUCUGGCAAAACUUAUAACACUAGCUUGUGUGGCUUUUAACUCAUGAUUGUUAUAGUGAUGCGCAGAACUAGCAGCUAUUUCCCUGAAGGGUAAGAAUAAGUUAUUUGGCUGUUUCUGAUCAGUGUGACUAAUCAGAACAAAAAAAAUCUCAUUGUCUGUGGGUUCUACAACCCCAGGAACCUUCAUGAGGUCACCAUAUCUGUCUGACGUUCUUUAUUUUGCCGGUCCCAAUAAGAUCUCAUCUUCCCCAUUUUUAUCCACAGGGUAUCCUUUUCUCAGCAUAUCUUCCAAAUUUAUCUUAAAAUAACAGCUGUUUUUUUAGGUCCUGAUAUCAUGUUUUUGUAGCUCAACCCUACCCUCCUCUCCAAGACAGCAAAGAAUUGUCCAAUUGACCUUUCUCUGAUAUGACUAAGAUUACUCCUCUCUACGGCGAUAUAUGCCCAUUUAAUCACACACUUUCUUUGGUAAGGAUGCUGGGCCAGUAUCCUAAAUUCCUUAUAUGCAAAGAAAUAUCCUUUCAGUAAUUAAUAAUUAUUGAAAGGAUAUUUCUUUGCAUGUUUGACUCAAGAUAACUUGCAGAAAAGGGGAUUCCAUUUGUGUAAUAGAUGCUAGUUGCUACUUAUGUGAAGAGAAUCAGGAAACAGUGAAUCAUUUCUUCCUCCACUGUAGAAUAUCCAGACAAUGGUGGGAGUUAUUCUUAACUAUUUGUGGCAUUUCCUGGGUGAUGCCACAGACGGUGAGGAGUUUGUUGGAAGAGUGGCAAGUCCAAAAUGUACCCAGAAAGCUAAAGCGGAUAUGGAGGACCAUUCCAUUGUGCAUCUUGUGAUCCUUAUGGCUGGAAAGGAACAAUGCUUGCAUUAAUGGGCAUAGGAAUCGUAUUUCUAGAAUUAAGAAUAAAUGUAUUCAUAAUUUAUAUUAUUGGUGCAAUGGUGGCUCCUUAAUGGAUUUGUAUCAGUUUAUGGAUUUCUUGGAUUCGCUAAGUGGGAUGUAGGGAGUGUUUGUUGUUUUGGAA